GGCACCAUAGAAAGAGGUGCUCCACAGCAACGUACGGGGAGUGCUGAGCGGAGAGCUGAAGAGACAGAACGGCAAGAUGUCGGGUGGUGGAGCGAUUUCUGGGAGAAGUGGGGGAGUGUGGAACUGGAGAACAAGGGGAGUGUUGCUAGGGAUCAUUUGGCUUUAGAGAGGACGUUCCUAGCCUGGUUAAGAACGAGUCUGAGUUUUGCAUCCAUCGGGAUAGCAAUAACGCAACUCUUCCGUCUCAACUCCUCGCUGCGGUCCGACACCUCCAACAAACCCUCCACCGAAUCCUCCAACACCCACAGUCUCUACAAGCUCCGGCACCUCGGCAAACCUCUCGGCGCAACAUUUAUAGGCAUCAGCAUACUGAUGCUGUUCAUUGGUUUCCACCGGUAUUUCGAGGCGCAGCACUACGUAAUAAGAGGGAAAUUCCCCGCCUCGAGGGGAAGCAUUGUUGUUGUUUCGGUCGUGGCUGGGGGGCUUAUAGUGAGUAGUCUGGUGGUUAUACUUGCGACGAGUCCGGCGGUCUUUGAGACGUAG